AUGACUUCCCGAGAGCCCCUGCACGCCAAGACCCCCGUCCGUGACAGCAUGGCCCUGUCCAAAGUGGCCGGCACCAGCGUCUAUCUCAAGAUGGACAGUGCCCAGCCCUCGGGCUCCUUCAAGAUCCGGGGCAUCGGACACCUCUGCCAGACGUGGGCUGAGCGAGGCUGCAAACAUUUCGUCUGCUCCUCAGCGGGCAACGCAGGCAUGGCAGCCGCCUACGCUGCCAGGAGGCUGGGCAUCCCCUCCACCAUCGUUGUGCCCAACACCACGCCCGCCCUCACCAUCGAGCGGCUCAAGAGUGAGGGUGCCACGGUCAAGGUGGUGGGCGAGAUGCUGGACGAGGCCUUCGAGCUGGCCAAGGCCCUGGCCAAAAACAACCCAGGCUGGGUCUACAUCCCUCCUUUUGACGACCCCCUCAUCUGGGAAGGCCACACUUCCAUCGUGAAGGAGCUGAAGGAGACGCUGAGCGCAAAGCCGGGGGCCAUCGCGCUGUCGGUGGGCGGCGGCGGCCUCCUGUGCGGAGUGGUCCAGGGGCUGCAUGAGGUGGGCUGGGGAGAUGUGCCCAUCAUCGCCAUGGAGACUAAGGGAGCCCACAGCUUCCACGAGGCCACCUCUGCCGGCAAGCUCGUCUCUCUGGCCCAGAUUACCAGUGUGGCCAAGGCCCUGUGCGUGAAGACCGUGGGGGCGCAGGCCCUGAAGCUCUUUCAGGAACACCCCAUUUUCUCGGAAGUUAUCUCGGACCAGGAGGCUGUGGCCGCCAUUGAGAAGUUUGUGGAUGACGAGAAGAUCCUGGUGGAGCCGGCCUGUGGGGCAGCCCUGGCCGCUGUCUACAGCAACGUGGUCCAGAAGCUGCAAGGAGAGGGCAAGAUCCGCGUGCCCCUGUCCUCGCUCGUGGUCAUCGUCUGCGGGGGCAGCAACAUCAGCCUGGCCCAGCUGCAGGACCUCAAGACCCAGCUGGGCAUGAAGAGCAAGCUGCCCAAGUGA